UGUGUAGCUUCAUUGACCAGUACAUCGUGGCUGUGUAAAGGUACGCUGAGUGGAUGUCCACGUGGAGAAGCAAACGUUUCCAAUUUUGUGCCAGAAUCUGCUCAUUGUCGAUCCACACAGGCCAAUGCUGUGUGUGUCAAUAGGCAAUAAGCAGAUCUGCUUUCCUUACCUGUGUACAAAUGCAAGUGAAGGAAAGUGGAUGAUCUACUCGGUGUGCCCAUGCCCUUAGUAAUGGAGACUCGUGAAACAAAAGGGAAACUAUCUUAAACAAAUAUUUUGUUUUUGCCUGAAAACAAAGAUUACAUUUGUAAUUUACGUUUAAAGGGAAAUGACAGACCUAAAAUGCACAUGAGAUCCCAUCUUCCAUGUGCAACAAAACAUCCAAAAAUACUUUUUAUUCAAGAAGAGUGGAGGUAACCACAUGUAAAAUAUUUACAUGCAGUGAGAAAAUGUGGAAUAAUAUACACACUUGAUUAAAAAGUAUUUUCAGAUUGUCCUCAGGGGAGUGGAGAUCUUCUGCAGGCAACAAAUGUUUGUCAUUGCCCUAAUAUUAAAAAAAGUUAUAGUGGUUUUUCUGACUGCAUAUUUCAUGUUAGCCAUGGGCAUCUUUGCCUUUCCUAGUGCUAGAAUCCUACUUUUCAAGGUCUUACUUUAAAGCGCUAGUAACACCAUUAUGUUAAAAUAUUUUAUGCGGUCUGCCCUAUGGUCCCUACCUGUCAGUGCAGGACAUCUGGGGUUAAUGUUCUCCCCUCUGGAGGCAGGACAAACAGUAACUCUUUCUUGAGCUCCUCCUCUUCCCGUUUUCCACUUCAUCAGUUUUUUGUUUGUCCUGCUCGGGGGCGAACAUAUCUUCCUCCUCUCCAUACAAAAUAAUAAGAAAUCAAGUUAAAAGACAAGAAAAGGUUCUUGAGUGCUCCUUAUCAGUGAGCCCCCUGUGUGCUCCUCAGUUUGAGCCCAGAACGAAGAUCUUUGGUGAGCUCCAGGGUUAAGCCCAUCCUGUAUGUGUGCUUCCCUAGUAUGUAUGCAUGUAAUCCUCAGGCCUGAUCCCCUUCCCAUGAUGGCGCGCUCCCACGGUGAGCCCACCUAUUGAUUUAGUGUGCUCCGGUUAUUCCACCUCACGUUGAGAGCCCUUGCCUGCUGACCUAUGUGCCUUUGCAUGCGCUCCACAAGUGAGCCCCUUACCAAUCUCUUGGUUUCUGAACUCUCUGCGCUACAGUUUCAGGCACAAUUCCGGACUACAAGUCCCAUAAUGCAGCGGUCAGCUCGGCACGAAGCGGACACAUGAUGUCACUUCCGCCCCCAUUUCCAAUCUAGUGCACAUUACGGUUCUGUUUGCAAGCUAUUAAGCUACUAUGACGGCUCAGGACGAUUUACUGGAUCUGAUCCAUGCAAUGGCUUCUGACAAACAUACUGCACGCAGUAAGAAGGCUUAUAAAUCUACACAAAAGGGUAGGAAACGAAAAUGCUCCAGAUCUCCCUCCCCUGAUAAAUUGCCCAUGCUGCACACUAUAGACUCUGAGUCUGAUUGUCAGCAAUCUGAAUCUUAUGCUUAACAUAAUUACUACCGCUGCCCAAGUUCACUCGCUGCCAUCAGCCAGCACUACCCCUCUUGGCCAGGAACAGAGUAUUCCAGUCACACAGGAGUCUGUUAGCCCUGCACAAGACACCAACCAAAUGGCUCACUUAGUGGAUUGGAUCCAGGGUCAGGUUAAAGCUUAAGUGUCAUAGGUCCUCAAAGGUCAGAGUAAACCGCUUAAAAGACAGAAGCUAGAAGCUUCUACAUCCAGCUCUCACACUCAGACAGUGAAUCACAUAGUACUGACUCUGAAGCAUCUUCAUCUUCCUCAGAUCACACACCUUCUGCAAACAAGCAACCUGAGGAAGUCAAGACACUCCUCAUACACAUUUGCAAUACAUUGGAAAUAGCGGAAACUCAAACUCCUAUUUCCAAAGCAGAUAGAGUGCUGGGCAACAAAUCCAAGAGUUUAAAGCUGAUCUCCUAAGGCGGAUUCAGCUAUUGUCAGACUUUAAGAAAAUACCACCUUGCCUAUUGAAGAUGCGGGUUCUUUCAAAGAUCCCAUGGAUAAAAAAAUGGACUCUGCUCUCGAGAGGUUUCCUAAGUACAACUGCCAUAUUUCGCCCAGCAUCUGCGGCACUGUCGGUAGCCAAAACUGCAUGUUACUGGUGUCAAGAUAUAAAAAAGAAGGAUCCUUCCACACUAGAUUUAGUAAAAAUAUCUGCUGCCUUCUCCUUCCUCAGUGAUGCCGCAUUAGAAAUUGCUAAGCUCGCAGCCAAGGCUUCUUCUACCUCCAUCGCUGCUAGGAGAGCAUUGUGGUUGAGGCAGUGGGCAGGGGAUUCCACUUCCAAGCACAAGCUGACAUCUCUAAAAUUUGAAGUUCUUACCUUUUCGGUUCCGAACUCAAGAAAAUCAUUGCUGAUGUGACAGGUGGUAAAGAGUUUUUUCUCCCUCAAGGAAAUCGAAACAAAAGAGAAUUUUAUAAGAGAAAUUAUCAUCAUAGAUCUUGGAAUUCAUCACAGAAAUCUUCCUACAGACAGAGGCCAAAUACCUCUCAAUCAGCAAACAAGAAAUUCAAAUCUUGGCAAUCUCAGCCCAGAACCAACAAAAGAUCAGGUCCUGCCAAGACACAGGAUUCCUGACUCCAACACAAAACAUCUCCCUUCUAUACCAGUCGGAGGUUGCCUUCAAAAAUUUCACUCCAAAUGGGAACUCACAAUCCAAGACCAGUGGGUACUUCAAAUCCUUUCAUCAGGUUACAAAAUUCCUUUUCAAAGAAAUCGAUUUGUUCCUUCUUCAAUCUCUAUUGAUGCAAAAAAGCAGCAGCCAUACACGACAUCAUACAAGAACUACUCCGAAAAGAAGUGAUAGUUCCAGCCAUGCCUUUCCACCGAUUCCGAUGAUUCCCAGACUACUGGCAAAGAUACACAGAGAGAUGGUUCCCACGAUAUUAGUGGUGCCGGCAUGGCCACGAAGGACUUGGUUCGCAGACAUUGUGAGUAUGACAGUGGGCACACCAUUCACUCUACCUUUCAGGCCAGACCUUCUAAGUCAAGGUCCCAUCUGGUUCUCAGAUAUUCACUAAUCUGGUUCCCAGUAUCUCACUGCAUGGCUGUUGAAUCCCAAAAAUGGCAAUCCAGAGCCAGCACAUUGAAACAAUUCAACGCUGUGAAUUUAUUGUGUCGAGCAGAAUACACGUCUCCUUAAAUAGCCACCAGUGUGAUUAACCCCUAACAGGUCAAUAACCCUCCAAAUUUUGUAGUUCAGCAACUUCCUUAAAGGGGAUGUAAUGGCAAAAAAAAAAACAAUCACAUUUUUAAUUUCUUUAAUGAAAAAGAAAUCGAUCUCCAAUAUGCUUCAAUUAACAAUUGUGUAUUGUUUUAUGAUAAAUCGGACUGUAUGCAGUGAGAUUUCCCCUUUGUUUUACUUGGGGGGUGAUAUCACUCCAACUUGCAGUGCAGCAGUGACUGAAGAGUGACUGAAGUUUAUCAGAGCACAAGUCACAUGACUGGGGGUACCUGGGAACCCGUCCCCAUAUCUAGCCUCAUGUCACAUUUCAAAAUGAAAUAUAAACUUUUUUCUCUUUUGAAAAUGAAUUCCAGUGCAGAAUUCUGCUGGAGCCGCACUAUUAACUGAUGUGUUUUGUAAAAAAAAACUUUUCCCAAGACAAACUCCCUUCAAAAUCAGAGGAUGUAAAAUGGAGGCUUUACUGUAGUCCAUCAUUUAAAUCCAAGUGACUAUUGCAGCAAUGGAAUUAUCACUUACAACAUUUUUUUUUUUUUUACAGUUUCUUUUAAGGUUUAUAGGAUUAUUCAAGGCAGCAUUUUAUCUAUUUUUCUUUCAGCCAUUUGUUACAUUCCCCAACAAUUGGAUUAACUGGCCCCUGCAAAGCUAUUAAUGACUAAUGAGUUGCUAUUAAUGACUAAUGAGUUGCUAUUAAUGACUAAUGAAUUGCUAUUAAUGACUGGCUACAAAGACAGAGCCUCCUUGGUGCAAAGGUUCUCGCUGCUCUACCCUAAAGUCAGUCCUCAUUUAUAAUCAGUGUCACAAAGGGAAUGAGGAGAAUUAGUAGAUUUAAUGGAACGUCACAUGACGCCCCCAUGCCAUACUCUGUUUCUUUGUACUGUGUAACCCGAGGAGCACUGCAAGUGACAGGAGCCGGCAGCAGCGGAUGUGACGUAGUCACCAUAGUAACCGAUACAAAGCUGCCGUGCUGGAAGUCACUGAUAAGUUAAGUCUCUCUUCCCUUUGGUAUAUGAAGCAUUGAGACCCGGGUGGCCUUGAAGUUAAUUGUGACAGGCAGUGUAAUCAAGAUGAGCAAUUCCUCCAUGUCCAGCAACUCGCUAUCUGCAAGGUCAAAUGAUGAUCCCGGAUCCCAGUCACCUCCAAGGCUUCUCACUCUGGCACAAGUGCCACCUGGGCUUGAACCCUCUGCCUGUCUGGCCAAGAAGGUGUCUGUGUUAGAGAAAAGAAUUGAAUUCCUGCAGAGGGAACACGCCGACACCCUGCAUAGCCUCCACCAGGAGAUCCACCUGCUGAACAAGCAGAACUCAGAUCUAAAAUAUGAACUCGUAAUGCGAGAGAAGAACAAUGAAGUGCACCGCUCUCUAGCCACGGGCAGUAACACCGGCGUAACACCCCUGCUUGGAUCAGAUGGCCAUGCGUCUGUUUUAACAAAAUACCAACUGAACAGUGACAGGCAAAAAAUGAGGCAAAUGUAUACAGGUGAGGAGUUUCACCCUGGACACACAGCCAACACACGCAUGGAGGUUGCAAGAAGGUAUCAGCAGCCGAGAAAGCUAGCUUCAUUGGGCUCUGCAGGUAGCAGCAGUCUAAACGUUGAAAAGACACUGUCAGCAGACCCUAUACCCAUUGUUUCGCUAAAGCCUCUCUUUGUCCAGAAGUCCCUAUCACAUCCUCUGAGGUCACAAACUAUGGCAGAACAUGAGAAAAUUAUUUGGCAGCUUUGGACAACAAACCAGCAAGUGACAAAUGAGCUGCUGCAGAUUAAAGCGUUUCUGAGCAAUGUGAUCCAGACUGAGUGGAAUGAAGAAAGUCAAACCCUGGCCAAAGCUUUUCUGAAACACACCAUAAGGGUGCCUCCGCCAAAGCAUUAUGCAGACUGUGUUAUAUUUCCUCCACUCAGACAGACUUUGGUGAGCAAUUUUGCAGACAGACAGAGGAAAGUUCAAGCUGUUCAGAGGAGUCGUUUUCCGAAAGUUUUGCAUUAAUGUUUUGUGGCUUUAAAGGGA